AUGGGGGAUGCGGAGGAAAAGAUGAGGAAGGAGGAGAACCAGUUUUUGUACCAAGACCCUAGUUUCGGCAUGGAAGACAGGUUGGGUACCAUGGGGACCAUCCCACGGGUGCUGUCCCUGUCUGUAGUCCCAGGGUGCAGGCCCCCAGGGGACCAGUCUGCAGGGGGGCAAGGCGGCAGCGGCCAUGAGGACAAACGCUUCGAGGACCAGCGCUGUAACGGCACCCUAAGGAAGCAGGCCUCACCCCGGCCCACGGGACCUCCAGGACAAGGCGGAGCCCCAGCCUCAGGUCCAGGGGAGGACAGCAGUGGACAGCGCUACAGUGCAGACCCCACCAUCAUGCUGGGGGAGAGAGGAGCUAGAGGAGACACAGACCAAGAUGGAUACCUGACCGCCAUGAGGGAGAAGGCCUCCUCAGACUAUCUCAACCCUGUGGAGGAGAAUCCGUUCGUGACGCGCCGGAGGAACGGAGACACCCUGACCCUGGACACCUGUAACCCCUACCAGGUGGCCCCCAUAGGUCCCCAGCAGGCCGGCUCCGGCCCCAGAGUGGAUGACGAAUAUGUCAACGAGCCCCUCUACCUCAACACCUUCCACAACCCCGGAGGACCAGGGCCAGGAGAGGGAGACUACACCGAUUAUACCCUGAAAAAGAACGGAGUCCCUGGGGGACACAACCCUAUCCUCGCCACCCUUACCAGCCAACCAGGCGCUACUGGCAUCACUGCUGGCCAAUCAGGCACCACCCAGGCAGGGAACCCCUCCCACAGCGUCCAGGCAGCCAACGCCCACGCUGUCUCCGCACAACCGGGAUACGCUGCACCUCCGGGGCUCGGCGCAGCCGGCCCCCACCCAGGGCACAUCCUGCACCCAGGUCACCCUUCCCACCCCGGGUACACCCUCCACCCCGGUCUCACAGGCACCAUCAUGGUGGACAAGAAGACCAGACAAGACAAGAACAAGACGUUUGACAAUCCAGAGUACUGGCAGCAUAGCCUCCCUCCCAAGGCCACCCUGCACAACCCCGAGUACCUGCAGGACUGCAGCACGCGCUUCUUCUACAGGCAGAACGGACGUAUCCGGCCCGCCGUGGCUGAGAACCAGGAGUACCUGACGGAGUUCGCCCUGAAACCCGGGACCGUGCUACCGCCCCCGCCCUACAGACAGAGGAACACUGUGGUGUAACGUGGAGUAGUGAGGAGGACUGGGUGAGAAGAGGAGGAAGAC